GAGGGUAUGGGGCAGCAGUGGGUGCUGGUGGAGAUGGUGCAGGCCUUUUACGAGGCUCCUGCUUACCAUCUUAUUUUGGAAGGUAUUCUAAUCCUUUGGAUAAUCAGGCUGCUUUUCUCUAAAACGUACAAGCUUCAAGAACGAUCUGAUCUCACACCUAAGGAAAAGGAAGAAUUGAUUGAAGAAUGGCAGCCAGAGCCUCUUGUUCCUCCAGUAGCAAAAGACCAUCCAGCUCUCAACUACAAUCUUGUUUCAGGGCCUCCAACGCAUAACAUUACUGUGAAUGGCAAAGAAUGCAUAAAUUUUGCAUCAUUUAAUUUUCUUGGACUUUUGGAUAAUGAAAGGGUAAAGAAUGCCGCCCAGGCAUCUCUUGCAAAAUACGGGGUAGGUUCUUGUGGCCCUAGAGGAUUUUAUGGAACCUUCGAUGUACAUUUAGAAUUGGAAGAACGACUUGCCAAAUUUAUGAAGACCGAGGAAGCUAUCAUAUAUUCCUAUGGAUUUGCUACUAUUGCCAGUGCUAUUCCUGCCUAUUCAAAACGAGGAGACAUUGUGUUUGUCGAUGAAGCCGUCUGCUUUGCUAUUCAAAAAGGCUUACAGGCAUCCAGAAGUAACAUUAAGUUUUUUAAACAUAAUGAUAUGGCUGACCUUGAGCAUCUACUAAAAGAGCAAGAGAUUGAAGAUCAAAAGAAUCCUCGUAAAGCUCGGGUAACACGAAGAUUUAUUGUGGUAGAGGGUCUGUUCAUUAAUACUGGAGAUUUAUGUCCUCUUCCAGAAUUGGUAAAGUUAAAAUAUAAAUACAAGGUGAGGAUAUUUUUGGAAGAAAGUCUUUCCUUUGGAGUAUUGGGGGAACAUGGACGAGGAAUUACAGAACAUUUUGGAAUAAAUAUUGAUGAUAUUGACCUUAUAAGUGCAAAUAUGGAGAACGCUUUGGCUUCUAUUGGAGGAUUUUGCUGUGGACGGUCCUUUGUUGUAGAUCACCAGAGACUUUCUGGUCAGGGGUACUGUUUUUCAGCCUCACUGCCUCCACUCUUGGCUGUUGCUGCCAUUGAGGGCCUUAAUAUUAUGGAAGAAAAUCCAGGUAUUUUUCAGAUUUUACAGCAAAAAUGUAAGCAAAUACACAAGGCUUUACAAGGGAUUCCUGGUCUACGAGUGGUGGGCGAAUCACUUUCUCCAGCAUUACACCUCCAGUUGGAGGAGAGCACCGGAUCUCGAGAGGGUGAUAUGAGGUUAUUGAAGGAAAUAAUAGAUUAUUGUAUGAACAGAGGUAUUGCAUUAACUCAGGCUCGCUAUUUGGAGAAAGAAGAGAAAUUUCUCCCGCCACCCAGCAUUCGAGUUGUAGUCACCGUAGAACAAACAGAACAGGAAUUGGACAAAGCCGCUUCGCUUAUCAGGGAAGCUGCAGAGUGUGUGCUGAAUUGAGGCCUGCAGACUUGGAUAUUCGUUCCUCACACAACAGUGGGUACCUCUUUUCGACUGUCUGAUGAAUUGGCUUGAACUCCAAAGAUUCAAGUUGUCAGAUAUAAUUUGAUGGCACUGAAAGCUUGACUUCUACUGAGUCAUUCCAGGACAAAAUGAUGUCAGAGAUAUGAGAAUGCUAAACAUACACUGUAUAUACUGAACUCAGCUCUAUUUUUAUGUACUGUUAAAUUGGAGAUCAUUGUUACACUGGUAUUUUACAUUAUUUCACUUCAUUUCUUACAAGGGCCUUAUUCCUCUAUGUAUUUCUCUAAAUGUUUAAAACACACUAUUUUUGAGCAUUCAUGUGUAAUGCUAAUGGAAAUAAAAAGAAUAUGGAAACUUACAGAAUAGGCUUAAUUUAACUACUGUUAAUAACUACUGUUAGUAACAUUUGUUCCUUAAAAAGAACAGUUCUUGUUAUUGUCAGACUGGAGAGCUAAGUUGUAUUAUGGGAUCCUACUUUUCAAUUAUGUACCUAACUGUCUUUUUUUUUUUUUUACACUGGGUAUAUGGGACUUUAUACACUAAUCUUUUUUAGAUCUCUUCGUUUUUGUAAAUUUCAGAGCCAGUUUGUCAGCUUUACAUCUGAUAUCUCCUCUCAUGUCAGUGCAUUGUGCCAAUGUGAGUUGGGAAUUGUCUUGCUUUUGAUAAUGUAUUCAGCUUUUAAACCGAUGCCCUACUCAGCAGUGCUUAAUAUGCCCACAGGGCUCUAACAUGGACAUGGAGUUUCUCAUUCAUUUCAGAUGGGCAAGCAGUGCCAUCCUGUGCACAGAAGGAUCCUUUCAUGGUGAUGUCCUCACCGUUGAAACGCAUUGGCAGACCAGCCUAUGCGUUCUGCCUAUAUGUUGUAGCACAGACAAGAGAUUAGGUGCUGGGAGAACAUUUCCAGGAUCAUAAGUACUGAUCUGUACUAUAAUCUUGCAGGUGCAUAAACUGAUUGAAAAAUCUGUUUACUCAUGAUUUUUAACUAUAUAUUGCUCAUUGGUAUCUAAAAAUAUAAAAAUACCAGAAAAAUGCCUAUAUUUAGUUGCAAAGGCACACAUCCCUCUGGAAUCUAGAAGUACCAAGCUCUCUCUCUCUUGAAAGUGCUUACUCAAGCCCACCAUUAAGAUCCAUGGUAAGGAUUUCCUGUUGCGUAUGGGUACCUUACUAGAAGUUACAAGAAACCAAUGUUCUCUUCUUCUGUCCUUCACAGAAGUUGGCAUGGUGUAACUUGCACGAUAUGAAUCAGCAUAAAUAGCGUUCCAGGUUUUUCGUGAAGACUGCUUUUAAGACUCUGUCAUAGCUGGAUUGUUUCCACACGUUUGUGCCUUUUAUGUUUGCUGCUACUUGGAUUCCAGUGCUAUAUUUGAGACAUAUUUUUUUAAAUAAAAGCAUAUAUUUAAACCA